AUGUCGACCCUCGAAGAGCUCGACGACCUCGAUCGUCAGGACCAGAACGACAAGAAGAGAGAUGAGGGCGACAAGGACAAGGACAAGAAGAAGCCCACAGGCGAUGGUGAUGCCGACAUGAAGGAUGCGGAGGAGGAGGAGGACAUCCUGGACGACGAGAUCCUGAACCUCAGCACCCAGGACAUCCAGACCCGCAAACGACUCCUCGAGAACGACUCCAGAAUCAUGCGCAGCGAGCUGCAACGGCUUACGCACGAAAAGGCCACGAUGGGGGAGAAGAUCAAGGAGAACCUCGAUAAGAUCGCAAACAACCGGCAAUUACCUUACCUUGUCGGCAACGUCGUCGAGCUGCUCGAUCUCGACCCGACCGCCGAAUCCUCAGAGGAGGGUGCCAACAUCGACCUGGAUGCCACUCGGGUGGGCAAGUCCGCAGUCAUCAAGACUUCUACGAGGCAGACCAUCUUUCUCCCUCUGAUUGGUCUGGUCGACCCGACAACUCUGAAGCCCGGCGACCUUAUCGGUGUCAACAAGGAUUCCUACCUGAUCUUGGACACACUGCCCGCCGAAUACGACAGCAGAGUCAAGGCUAUGGAGGUGGAUGAGAAGCCUACGGAGAAGUACACCGAUGUCGGUGGUCUGGACAAGCAGAUUGAGGAGUUGGUCGAGGCCAUCGUCUGGCCAAUGAAGGAGGCGGAGCGAUUCAAGAAGAUUGGUAUCAAGGCGCCAAAGGGUGCUCUGAUGUACGGCCCCCCGGGAACUGGCAAGACGCUUCUGGCCAGAGCCUGCGCGGCCCAAACCGACGCCACUUUCCUCAAGCUUGCCGGUCCCCAGCUUGUCCAGAUGUUCAUCGGAGAUGGUGCUAAGCUUGUGCGAGACUGCUUCGCACUUGCCAAGGAGAAGGCCCCUGCCAUUAUUUUCAUUGACGAGUUGGAUGCUGUCGGUACGAAGCGUUUCGACAGCGAGAAGAGUGGUGACAGAGAAGUCCAGCGAACCAUGUUGGAGCUUCUGAACCAGCUCGACGGGUUCGCGUCAGACGACCGCAUCAAGGUGUUGGCUGCCACCAACAGAGUGGACGUCCUCGACCCCGCCCUGCUCCGUUCAGGUCGUCUCGACCGCAAGAUCGAGUUCCCGUUGCCCAACGAGGAAGCCCGCGCGCAGAUUCUCAAGAUUCACUCCCGCAAGAUGAAGGUCGACCCCGCCGUCAACUGGGGCGAGUUGGCCCGCAGCACAGACGAGUUUGGAGGUGCUAUGCUCAAGGCCGUCUGUGUGGAGGCUGGUAUGAUUGCCUUGCGUAUGGGCAAGAACAAGAUCAGUCACGAGCACUAUGUGGACGCUAUUGCCGAGGUGCAAGCCAAGAAGAAGGACGCAACGGACACCGCGUUGACGAUCACAUCUCUCUCUCCCCUUCGAGGGCCAGGCAACUCGGCUAAUUCAUCCCAUGCGAUGCCACUCUUCCGGACGUCCUCCUUUCGGGACAACUUCCUCAAAAUCCCCAAAAUCCUGUUCUCGCGUACCGUCGUGCAGCUCCUGAGGCUCACUUUCGUCUUUCAGGUCCUCGAUGCCUGA